AAAAAAAAAAAGAAAAAAAAAAGUAAAGUUUGUGACUUUCGUGGAAGCUCCAUCCAUCCGUCCUCUCUGUCUCGUGCUAAAACGCAUCGCUUUCAUCAUUCAAUAUCUUCUUCUUCUUCUUCUUCUUCUUCAACUCUUCAAAUCUUCACCAGUACUCUCUCUCUUUCUCCCUUUCUUCAUUUGUUACCUCUGGGGACACUUUAGUUUGUUCUGCUCUUUUGUGAUCCCAUAUUUGCUUUUUAUCGCUCUUUCCAAGGAAAAACAAAACAAAGAUUUGAUUUUUCUUCCUUUUUUUGGUGGUGGGUUUAAACAGUGUUUGUUUUUCCUCCCUUUUACCCUUUUUGAUUGUUCUCUUCACUUUCCCCAACGUUUCUACUGGAUUCUCGUAAAUAAAGUUUCUUCCUUUUUUCUAGAACUGCUGCUUUGGGGAGUUCUUGUUUAAAUUGAAUACCAAAGUUUUGAAAUUUGAGUCAAGUGUUUACUGAAUUGAAGUUUUUUAAUAUUCCCCCAAAUCUUCAUGGGAGGUCAGUGAAGUCUCUGCAAUUUUGAGUUCUUUACUCUCCAACUAUGAAUUUCCGACAAGAGAAGUUUGUAAGGUUUCAGGAUUGGAAGUCCGACAAGACUUCCUCCGACGUGGAAUAUUCCGGUAAAAACGAGAUUCGAAAUGGAAUAUUCCGGAGAACAAUAAGCUCAAUCUCAGACAAGUUCCACAGAAGCUUUGAAUCAAGCUCAUCAAGGAUCAAGCUUUUCAAAAGAUCAUACAAGUCUUACUCUUUCAAAGAAGCUGUUUCUAAAGGGAUUGGUUCAACUCACAAAAUCCUUGACCCACAAGGACCUUUCCUUCAGAGAUGGAACAAGAUCUUUGUUUUGGCUUGUAUCAUCGCUGUCUCGCUUGACCCUUUGUUCUUCUACGUUCCUAUCAUCGAUGACUCCAAGAAAUGUCUUGGUAUUGACAAGAAAAUGGAGAUUACCGCUAGUGUUCUGCGCUCCUUCACUGAUGUCUUUUACAUCAUCCACAUCAUUUUCCAGUUUCGUACUGGCUUUAUUGCUCCUUCUUCACGAGUUUUUGGGAGAGGUGUUCUUGUUAAGGACAAGCGUGAGAUAGCUAAACGUUACUUGUCUUCUCAUUUCAUUAUCGACAUUCUUGCUGUUCUUCCGCUUCCACAGAUGGUGAUUUUGAUUUUUAUUCCACAUAUGAGAGGCUCAACAUCAUUGAACACGAAGAAUAUGUUGAAGUUCAUUGUUUUCUUCCAAUAUAUACCGAGGUUUAUAAGAAUCUAUCCGCUCUACAAGGAGGUGACAAGAACUUCAGGGAUACUCACUGAGACUGCUUGGGCUGGAGCUGCUUUCAAUCUCUUCCUUUACAUGUUAGCUAGUCAUGUGUUUGGUGCUUUUUGGUAUUUGUUUUCUAUUGAACGCGAAACAGUGUGUUGGAAACAAGCUUGCAAGAGGAGAGGUAAUAAUAUCUGCAAUAUAAAGUUGUUGUACUGUGACCAUAAAAGUCCAGGAGGCAAUGCUUUCCUCAAUGAGUCUUGUCCGAUUCAGACACCAAAUGCAACACUCUUCGACUUUGGGAUAUUCCUAGACGCACUUCAGUCUGGUGUAGUGGAAUCUCAAGAUUUCCCUCAGAAGUUUUUCUACUGUUUCUGGUGGGGUCUUCAAAACCUCAGUUCACUCGGUCAAAACCUUAAAACAAGUACAUAUGUUUGGGAGAUCUGUUUCGCAGUUUUCAUAUCUAUAGCUGGACUGGUUUUGUUCUCGUUCUUGAUUGGGAACAUGCAGACGUAUCUGCAAUCAACAACCACGAGGUUGGAAGAGAUGAGAGUUAAGAGAAGAGACGCAGAGCAAUGGAUGUCUCACCGUUUGCUCCCUGAGAACUUGCGAAAAAGAAUCCGUCGAUACGAGCAGUACAAAUGGCAAGAGACAAGAGGCGUUGAUGAAGAGAAUCUUCUUAGUAAUCUUCCCAAAGAUCUUAGACGUGACAUCAAACGCCAUCUCUGUCUUGCCCUUCUCAUGCGGGUCCCGAUGUUUGAGAAAAUGGACGAACAGCUUCUUGAUGCACUUUGUGACCGUUUACAACCAGUGUUGUACACUGAGGAAAGCUACAUUGUAAGAGAAGGAGAUCCAGUAGACGAAAUGCUCUUUAUCAUGCGUGGGAAGCUUCUAACAAUGACAACAAACGGUGGAAGAACUGGUUUCUUUAAUUCUGAGUAUCUUGGAGCCGGUGACUUCUGUGGUGAGGAGCUUUUAACUUGGGCGUUAGACCCACACACCUCCUCAAACCUCCCAAUCUCAACAAGAACUGUUCGAGCUCUCAUGGAAGUUGAAGCAUUCGCACUUAAAGCUGAUGACCUCAAAUUUGUGGCGUCCCAGUUCAGACGUCUUCACAGCAAACAGCUGAGGCAUACCUUCAGGUUCUACUCGCAACAAUGGAGGACUUGGGCUGCUUGCUUCAUACAAGCAGCUUGGAGAAGAUAUAUUAAGAAGAAACUCGAAGAGUCUCUUAAAGAAGAAGAGAACCGGUUGCAGGACGCUUUGGCUAAGGAAGCUUGUGGAAGUUCACCAAGCCUCGGGGCUACUAUAUACGCAUCACGGUUUGCUGCAAAUAUCUUACGCACCAUUCGUAGGAGCGGGUCAGUAAGGAAACCGAGGAUGCCUGAACGAAUGCCACCUAUGCUACUUCAGAAACCAGCAGAACCAGAUUUCAAUAGUGAUGAUUAAUUUUAAUUAGCAGAUAUGUAUAUGAAGAAUUUUUUAUCAAAUUACGAUUCAUGGUAAGCCAAGAAUAGAGCCAAUAUAUAAAAAUAGAAGUCUUUUAUAA